AUGGCUGCUCUCACUAGUAUCUUCCUGCUGCCACUGCUAGCAGCCGCUUUGUUACUAUCUUCACCGGCAGCCUCAACUUCCCGGCGGCUCACCCACCAGCUCCACCGUGGCGGCUUCCAGGUCGCCCUCACACACGUGGACUCCGGCAAGAACCUCACCAAGAUGGAGCGCCUCCAGCGCGGGAUCAAGCGCGGCAACUACAGGCUCCAGAAGCUCAACGCAAUGGUUCUCCCGACCCAAUCCGCUGCUCCACCAGCAAACGUGGCCGCUCCCGUGGAAGCCGGGAACGGCGAGUUCCUGAUGGAGCUGGCAAUCGGGACGCCUCCCGUGUCCUACUCGGCCAUCGUGGACACGGGAAGCGACCUCAUAUGGACGCAAUGCGAGCCCUGCAGCAUCAGCUGCUACAGCCAGCCCACCCCCAUAUUCGACCCCUCCGAAUCCUCCACUUUCGCCAAGCUCCCCUGCUCCAGCGACCUCUGUUCCGCCCUGCCGCAGUCGCUGUGCGGAUCCGACGGCUGCAAUUACCUCUACACCUACGGCGACGAUUCCUCCACCGAGGGUGUCAUGGCCACCGAGACCUUCACUUUUGGCGGGAACCAAGUCAAGGUUCCGCAACUCGGGUUCGGGUGCGGGGAGGAUAACCAAGGGGACGGGUUCUCGCAGGGAGGUGGGCUCGUCGGGCUGGGCCGAGGCCCACUCUCCCUCGUCUCCCAGCUGGACCAGCCCAAAUUUUCUUACUGCCUGACCUCCAUAAACGACGACGCCUCCAGCUCCAGCACGCUGUCCAUGGGCUCGCUGGCUGGGCCGGCCGGGAACUCCUCGGUCACGACCGGUUUGAUUCAAAACACGGCCCAGCCGUCGUUUUACUACGUCGCCCUGGAAGGGAUCUCGGUCGGCGGGAGCAGCCUGCCCAUCCCGGCGUCCGCUUUCGCCCUGCAGGGCGACGGCAGCGGCGGGAUGAUCGUCGAUUCCGGGACCACCAUCACGUACCUGGAAGGCGUCGCGUACGACGAGGUGAAGAAGGCAUUUGUGGCCGCGAUCGAUUUGCCGGUCGAUGAUUCCGGUUCGACCGGUCUGGACCUGUGCUUCGAUCUGCCGUCGGGCGGGUCGGGCGACGUCGAGGUGCCGAGCCUGGUGUUUCAUUUCCAAGGGGCGGAUUUGGAGCUGCCGGCGGAGAACUACAUGAUCGCGGACUCGAGCGCGGGGGUGGUUUGCCUGGCGAUGGGGAGGUCGAGCGGGAUGUCGAUAUUCGGGAAUGUUGAGCAGCAGAAUUUCUUGGUGCUCUAUGACCUGGGCAAGGAGACAUUGUCGUUUACUCCCACCCAGUGCGCCAACUCAUGA